AUGUCCUCGAAGCAGUUGCAGAGAAGUAUACUGGAUGUGCUAGCAUUGGAAACCAAUGAUGACCAGGAGUGGACGAAGGGCUAUUUGAAGAAGUUACUGUCAACAACGUCAGUGCUUUACAAUACAUCAGCUAAUAAAGUUAUGUUGAAAAAUGACGAGGAAGUUGCAAGGGCCCAUAUCUGUUCGUAUAUUGCAUGUGAGAGGUUGGCGGAGAAACAUGUUCCAGAUUUACAAUUCUAUAUGGAUAGAAUACCGUUAGAGCCUAAGAAAAUACGAAAUUUGAUCCAGGUCUUCAAACAGAAUUUAUUGCAGAUGUCUCCAGUGAAAAAUCUCUCAUGGACUCCAAGUCCUAAAAAGCAGACCAUAUCACCUUUGAAAGGUCAUGAUAGUUUCUCUUCUAGAGAUCCAAAUGAGUUAAGAAAUGAACUGUUCAGUCCGUUGAAGAAUAAAAGUUUGUCGCCAAGUAAAUUAAAAACACCUCUGCCGUCUGUCCAGCUCUUUGAAAGGUCUGAAAGUGAAAGCCCCACCAAGACUAGAAGAAGGCUGGUUUUCGAAAAGGAUGAUGAUAAUGAGGAGGAAGAUGCAAGUGCUGUAGUGCAAAGUUCACAGUCUCCAAAGAAAACUGUGAUAUCUGAAUCUUCCGUUGAUAACCAGGCUGACGAAGUACUAGAAGACGAGGUAGAACCAUUGCAUGCGAAAAAACGUAAAGUUGUGUCAGGUAGUAAUGUGUCUAAGGCCAGAGGUAGUUUCCUCUUGAGGAAAUAUUAUAAAGUCACGCCACAGGAGGUUAUAAGUUUAUGCAACGAUUUCCAGAUUCCAAAAGAUGUCGCUUAUAAUAUUCUACAUGAGUACCUAUCACAUGUAAACUUUUUAGUAUGUCCAUGGCAACUGGUUUGUGGAUUGGUAUUAAAUUGUAUUUUUAUAGUCUUCAAUGAACGAAGACGGAAGGAUCCCAGGAUAGAUCUAUGGAUUAUGCAAAAGAUGGCAGGUCAAAUGCAUUGUGGCGAAAUCGAAGACUUGACUAAAUGUGUCAAUAUUGUUAAAGAAUUUUUAGUGGGACAAGCAUGGUUCAAAGAGUUGCAAAUUAAACAUAAUUUUUUUGAUGGCAAAAAUUAUGAUGAAAUAAUCUCUACUAAACUUGGAUCAAUGCUGCAGCCUAAUAAUAUUUUAGUAUCCGACGAACAAUUUGACAAUUGGAAACAAAGAGUAGAACAGGAUUUGUCUUUAAGAUAUGAUAAACCUGGUAAUUGA